AUGGUGAUGUGCCAGAGGAAGAAGGCUGAGGAUGACGAUGAAGACUUACUCGAUAGCCAAGACCGUGUGGAAGACAUUGCCAAGUUUCCAUAUGUUGAAUUCACAGGUCAGGAUAGCAUCACCUGUCCUACUUGCCAAGGCACUGGCUGCAUUCCCACAGAGCAGGUAAAUGAGUUGGUGGCUCUGAUACCCUACAGCGACCAACGUCUUCGUCCACAGAGAACGAAGCUGUAUGUCCUGCUGUCGGUGCUGCUCUGCCUGCUGAUAUCAGGGCUGGUGGUUUUCUUCCUAUUCCCUCACUCUGUCCUGGUGGAUGACGACGGUAUUAAAGUGGUUCAGGUUUGGUUCGACAAGAAGAACUCCGUUGUCAUUCUUGCCAUCACGGCCACCUUACGGAUCAGGAACUCCAACUUCUACUCGGUGACGGUGCCCAGCCUGACUAGUCAGGUGCAGUACAUGAACACUGUGGUGGGAACCCAGCAGAUCACCAAUGUCUCCAGCAUCCAGCCACUGAGUGACAAACUGGUGAAUUUCACUGUGAAGGCAGAGCUGGGUGGACCCUUCUCCUAUGUGUAUUUCUUUUGCACAUUUCCCAAGGUGAAGGUACAUAACAUAGUGAUCUUCAUGAGGACAUCAGUGAAGCUCUCUUACAUCGGCCACGUGACGCAGAGCGCUUUGGAAACGUACCACUACGUGGAUUGCAGUACCAACUCCACAGCUGCCCAGGACCCGCUGCCUCUGCUUUCCCCCUUGAUAUGA